AGUUGUUUCUUCAGCUCAAUGAACUGAGCAGUGCGCGUGCGCGGGGACUGGGAGGCGUGUGAGCGUGUAUGUAAACUAGCAGCCUUUUCCACUUGGGGACCGACGUCUGUGUUUUAUGUGAAGAAAAAUCACACUAUACGGAUUGUAAACAUAAACAGCAGCAGCCCUGCCCCGACGCGCCCCAACCCCAAGCGGAGCCGUCAUGUGGCAGGAGGCCCGCAAACAUGAGCGCAAGCUGCGCGGGAUGAUGGUGGACUACAAGCGGCGUGGGGAGAGACGCAGAGAGUACUAUGAGAAAAUCAAAAAGGAUCCAGCCCAGUUCCUGCAGGUUCAUGGCCGGGCAUACAAAAUCCAUCUGGAUUCAGCUGUAGCCCUGGCAGCUGAGAGUCCCCUCAACAUGAUGCCUUGGCAAGGAGAUACCAGCAACAUGAUUGAUAGGUUUGAUGUCAGGGCACACCUGGACUACAUCCCCACCUAUACACCUCCUCUCCUGAACACUACCACCCCAGAGCAGGAAUCAGAAGAGAGGAAGUGCAGUUACGAGCGCUAUAGAGGUCUGGUGCAGAAUGACUUUGCGAACAUCUCCGAGGAACAGUGUCUGUACCAGAUCUAUGUGGAUGAACUCUACGGUGGCCUACAGAAACCAAAUGAGGAUGAGAAGAAAAAACUCGCUGAGAAGAAAGCUCAGAUCGGUUAUACAUACGAGGACACCACAGUGACUGAACCAGAUGAACAGAUGGAGAAAGGAAAUGAGGAUGACUCAGAAAACAGCGAGUCUGAGGAAGACGAAGUCAUCCCUGACAUCGAUGUUGAGGUGGAUGUAGAUGAACUGAACCCAGAGCAGGUGACGGAGAUUAACAAGAUGGCCACCACUUAUGGCAUGGCAGACGGGGACUUUGUAUGGAUGUUGAGGAAGGACAAGGAGGAAGUGGAGGCCAUUAAGCAUGCAAAGGCACUGGAGGCAGAGAAGGCCAUGUACUCUGGCCGGCGGUCUCGCAGACAGCGAAGAGAGUUUAGAGAGAAGUAUAUGAAAGGAAGGCAGAUCAGCCCACCCAGCUAUGCCAGAAGAGACAGUCCUACAUACGACCCCUACAAACGGCCAGAGUCAGACUCAAGUUCGGAGUCACGCUCUCGUUCUCGAACUCCAGGCAAAGAUAAGAUCACUUUCAUCACCAGUUUUGGGGGCAGUGAUGAUGAGGGAGCAUCAGCUACACAAGCCCCACCUGCGGCGGCGUCAAGCCACACCUCCUCCAACACCGCAGGUCAUAGCAGGGGCUCCCGCCGAAGACGUUCUUCCUCCAGUCACUCGUCCUUUUCCUCCCGCUCCUCUUCACAUCGGUCCUCACAUUCAUCCUCACGUUCCCGCCGGAGUCGUCGUUCUCGCGGGGGCAGGGACCGGGACAGCCGUUACUCCAGGUCUCGAUCUUGCUCUCGGCGGCGGUCUGACUCCCGUUCACGGCAACGCAGUGGAGGAGUUGGCUCAAGGAGACGAUACGACAGGACUAGGUCUCGUUCCACAGAUCGGGGUAGAGACAGAAACCGUGAAAGAGACAGAGACCGGGACAGGGGGAGGCGCUACACAGGCCACAGACGAACCAGGUCUCGCUCACGUUCUCAUUCAGGUGAUCGUUACCGGCGGCGGAGUCGUAGCUCAGCAUACAAGAGGGGCGGGAGCAUCAGUCAAAGCCCCUCCCACUCACCUGCAGCGAGCCGCAGCCUUUCCCCCUCCUCCCAUUCUGCUCCACCUACAUCUGCUUCUGCUGACAAACUGAGAAAGCCUGAAAAUCCGGGUGGUAAAGAGACUGGAGCUGCCAAACCCAAAAUGACGCCACAAGAGAAGCUCAAACUCCGAAUGCAGAAGGCUCUAAACAAGCAAUCCAAGGCGGAUAAGAAGGCAGCACAAGCCAAGAUCCAGCAACAAGAGCACAAGCGACAGGAACGAGAAGGAGUACUUCGUGCAAUGGCACGGAAAAUACGCAUGAAGGAACGGGAACGGCGGGAAAAAGAGAAAGAUGAAUGGGAGAGGCGCUACGGACGUCAGAGUCACUCGCCCUCCCCCAAUGCCAAAUACGGUCGAGACUACAGCUCAUCCAGGAGGAGAUCACGCUCAAGAUCACGGAGUCCUCAUUACCGGCACUGAAGCAUCUGCUGAUAAAACAGUCAGGCCUCAAGACGUCAAACAGAUGUUUAAGGAGUGAAUGGUGACCAUGAUGGCAAGAGUUUACAUAGAAUUUUGGGGAAAACCAUAUCAAUAAAAUCAAUUUCACUCACUUCUCUUUUACAUCUUCUAAAGCAAGGGUGUUAAACUCGGUUCCUGGAGGGCCACAGCACUGAACAGUUUAGAUAUAACCCUAAUUAAACAUCUGAUCCAGCUAAUAUAAUCAUUUAAGCUUAUUUGAAAACUACAUGGUAUGUGUGUUGGAGCAGGGUUGGAACUAAACUCUGCAGGGCUGCGGCCCUCCAGGAACUGAGUUUGACACCCCUGUAGUAAAGGAUGAAGUGGAAACAGUCAUUUCUAAAAUGUGAAAAUUAACAUGCUCUGAAAACACAUUUCGUCUGCCAUUCUUGAUGUUACGCCGCAGGGCUGCCAGGAAUGCUUUGAGCUGCUAGGAUUCUAAUAAGCUUUGCAGGUUAUUUUGAGUCAAUCUGUGGUGAAUUUUGUGACAUAAGAUUGGGAUGAAUCUUAUCCUUUCCCUCGUGUCUCUCACCCCCAUUAAAGAUUGAGUUCACCUAAAAAAAACUCUUAAUUCUGUCAUUUACUCACCCUCAUGUUGUUCCAAACACACAUGACUGACUUUAAGGAACCACGUCAUUCUGCCUAAUGUCUCCUUUUGUGUUCAAUGGAAGAAAAACAAGAUCAGCGAGGGUCACUAAAACUUGUUUUGCGGUUAUCCGUCUCUAUUAAUGACGAAUCUACACAUUUUACCUCAUCAUUGUAUAUAAUACAUUCAUUUAACAGUGAUGAAAUUUCUUUCACAGAAAAUGUAGAUUUUAAAUGCCAUAAUCUUUUUUACUUGGCAAUGUAAAUAUCUGGUGUUUUUUUUUUUUUUUUCUUGUAGUAGAAGCAGUCAUCAGUGAUUAUAGAUUUUGACAUUGAAAUAAAAACCUAAUCGUUGAUGAAAAUA